ACUGAAUUCAGUUGAUAUCGAGCCGCGAUCGCAGUUGGUACGCGAAAAAGUUGAAGACUCGCGAAAUUGAAUUUUUCUUACAAAAUUUGAAAAAAAAAAUAAAAAUCAUUAUUUGGCGCGCUUAAGAAAUUCGAAAAACAAUAUAUUUAAAUUUAAGUGAAUACGAAAGAGAGUUAUUCAUUAAAUGAACUUGUGUUAUAACGAAUAUUAAAGCAUUAUUAAGAAGUUUUGGAAAAACCUGUAGAUAAACCGUUGCAGUAUGAAUCGUAAAUUUAGUAAGGCGCCCACGGCCUUGAGGUUGCUCACGGCCUUCACACUACUCGGCGCAGUUGUAGCCUUUGAUAGCACAUUACAAUUCGACUAUCCUGGCCCCUAUUGUGCUGUGAAGAAUAUGUGUUGUAAAAACCGGGAAGAUGGUUGUGCCAUGCCAAUUUCAAACACACUCUGCUAUUGCGAUGAAUUCUGCGAUCGUGAUCUUUCCGCCGAUUGCUGUCCCGAUUAUCAUUCAUUCUGUUUGGGUAAACCGGCUGAGAUAAUGCGAUGCUACCACAAUGGCGUCUACUUUAACAAAUUCAAUACCACAAUGGAUAACUGUAAUGAGUGCCGUUGCCUGGACGAUGGAAAUGUCAAAUGCGACAAAGAUCUCUGCCUAACCGAUGACAAUUUGGUGAAUAAUGUGAACUCCAUACAUGAGUUAGGUUGGUCGGCACGCAAAUAUGGCGAAUGGUGGGGACGUAAAUACGCCGAGGGUCUAACAUUACGUCUGGGCACAAAGGAACCAACAUUCCGCGUCAAAGCGAUGACACGUUUAAGCAAUAAGGCGAGUGUUUUGCCACGUCAGUUCAAUGCCGCGGAACGUUGGAGUACUUAUGUCAGCGAUGUGCCAGAUCAAGGCUGGUGCGGCUCAUCUUGGGUGCUCUCCACCACAUCGGUCGCUUCCGAUCGUUUUGCCAUACAAUCGCAGGGUAAAGAAGUUGUACAGCUUUCGCCACAAAACAUUCUGUCGUGCACACGCAGACAACAGGGUUGCAAUGGUGGUCAUUUGGAUGCCGCCUGGCGUUUCCUGCAUAAACAGGGUGUCUUGUCCGAAGAGUGCUAUCCAUACACUGCCAGUCGUGACACUUGCAAAAUAGCGCAUGGUUCACGUCGUCGUUUGAGCUCGUACGGCUGUCGUCCAGCAUCGCGUACCGAUCGCGAUGAAUUCUACACAGUCGGUCCCGCCUAUUCGCUCAACAAUGAAACCGAUAUUAUGGCCGAAAUCUAUCAUUCGGGUCCCGUGCAGGCGACCAUGCGCAUUUAUCGUGACUUCUUCGCCUAUUCGGGUGGCGUUUACCGACAUACCGCGGCCAGUCGCAGCAGUCCGACUGGUUUCCACUCGGUCAAAUUGGUCGGUUGGGGUGAGGAGCAUGAUGGCGUCAAGUAUUGGAUCGCCGCCAACUCCUGGGGUCCCUGGUGGGGUGAACACGGUUACUUCCGCAUUGCGCGCGGCAACAAUGAGUGUGGCAUUGAGGAGUAUGUCCUAGCCGCUUGGCCGAAUGUCUACAACUACUUCAAAACGACUUGAAGACUCAGAGUGCCGAAUAAGUAAAAAUAAUCUCGUGAAAUUUUCCAAUUACAUUUUAAUGGCUAAUUAAACACACUAAAACAUAUGGAAGUUAUAAAGCUCAAGUAAAAUUUUGUUUUAUAAACUAAAUUAAAAAAGAAAAUAAAUAUAUUUAGCAUUGAAAGUGCGCAUUCGGUUUUGUUAAGCCUCAGAACUUUAGUCGCCACUGUAGAAUUAAGCAAAAUAAACAAAAAUAUGGUAUUCAAAACUUUUCUAGCUCUUAAGUAAAUUAGAACUGUUUUUGUGAUUGAAAAUAUUUAAACAUAUUUUUAACACUUUGUGCCUUAUAUAGUUGUAAAGCAAAACAAAAAUAAUUUGUUUGCUUUUUUUUUUAAUUUUGUUUUAUUUAAAGUUCGCUUCUCACAUUUUUAUAUGUCUAUUUUUAGUGACGACUGUUCGUAUAUAUUUUUGUUUAAGUAAUUUUAAAAUAUAAUUUUUCUUUAUAUAAAAAAUUAAAUUUAAUUUGCUCGAACAUUUUUUUUAUUUUUUAAUAUUUUUUAAAUUUAUUAUUUUUUUAUUUAUUUAUUAAUUAUUUUUUUAUUAUUUUUAUUUUGUUUUUAAUAUUUUUUAAAUUUAUUUUAAAUAUUUUUUUUUUUCAAUUUAUUUUCAAUUUUCUUUUUAAUAUUCUAUUUAUUUAUUUUUUUAUUAUUAAUAUUUCAUGUAAAAAAAUAUUUAUUUAUAAUUAAACUGCCCGGUAACUACUUGAGACCAAAUAUGUGAAAGCAAACGAACACUGCAUAAAUGAAUGAUAAAAAAAAAAAACAAACACCAAACUCCAAUUAUGAAUAAAAGUGGCCAACGUCCACUGCCAAUAACUGCGUAAUCUUUAUGUUUGUAUGUAGUUUUAAAGUAAUAAACAUUUGUUUAAUUAUAAUUACAUACUACAUUAAGUAUUGUUUUUUUAAUAUUUUGUCAAACGUUUCAAUUAAAUUUUACUUUUGAGAAAAAAAUUAUUGUAAUUUUAAUUAUAAUAUUUUAUUUAAUAAUUUUUGCAAAUAAUUAAUAUUUAAGUUAAUUAUAAAAUUUAUUUUAAACGCUACACACUAUACUUUAAUUAAACAAAAUGCAUAUUUGUAUGUGUAAAUUUUAAUAUAUUUGUUUUUUUUUUUUUUGUAUAAAAUAGUGUGUACGGUGGCACUCAUUGUAAAUGCAAGCCGCAGCUUUAAGUGAAUAUUAAUGCUAUUAUUACAACUACUUUAUUAAUAUUAAUUAUAAAAAGAAAUCGACGAGUAUUUGAUAUAUAAAUAAAGAACUCACUUGAUAAGCCAUAA